UGCUAUGAAAAAGUCCAAUUUCAGGCACAGCUCACGGUUUCACACAUAGCUUGUUGCUUGCAACUACAAAAUCCACUUUCUCUCCCAAACCCAACUAUCUCCCGUAACAAACUUCUUCGGAUAAUUUAGUUAUCAACUUCUCUGAUCAACCCUAUUUGUUCUAAUCACGAUAAGCCUAAAGCCAUAUUGAGAAUUAUUCAUUGUAAUUGAAGAUGAGGAGCAAGGGACAUAGCCAGAGCAUGUUUUUGAGGAUCGUGGCUUCACCAAUUAGAUUUCUGAGCAAAGCAAGGGACAUGUACGUCAAAAGCAUAACAAACUGCGGUCAAAACAUGAGCUAUGGCAACCCAAUGGACGAUGCUGGAAGAUUCUCUACUUUGUCGAGAAGCCACAGCGCAGCCACAUCAAGGAGGUCUGAGGUUAACGAGGAUUUCGCAGAGCUCGUGAGAGCAGCAUCUGCUAGGACUUUGGUAAAUAGAAUUGACAUGGAUUUGGUUCUAAAAGAACAACAACACGUGCUGUCUAAUUUCGAUUCAAAAAGGUUGCCUAAGUCCACCAGUGUUGGAAUGGCUCGGAUUGACGAGGAGGAUAUGCCUUCUGAUUUGUCGGAAGGGGGUGUUGCUUUUGUGCCAGGCUCCUACCCAAGAAGUAAAAGCUACGCUGUUGGAAAGGGAAAUGUUGUUUUCUGAACCAUCUUAGGAAUGCUUUGUUAAGUUUUGGUAGAGAGAUUGAGAUUUGUAAGAAUCCUUUCUUUCUUUCUUCUUGUGUUUUGGAUAUUUGCAUUCUUCAUUCUGUUUA